AUGACAACUUCUUCAAGUUCGACUACGAGUGCUUCAACAACAACAACUACUACAACUGUAACAACUACGUCAACUUCAACGUCAACGACUACUACAACUACAACAACAACCACUACAAAAACUACAUCGACUUCAACAUCAACGACUACAGUAACAACAACAACAACGACCAUGUCUACAUCCACUUCAACGUCUGCAAGUAUUACUACAUCUACGACGACUACUACUGGAAAGGAUGCAUGUUCUCAUUAUCUAUGGAAUCAAACAGGUGUUGUAGUUGCAGGCACGGGCGCAAGCGGUUCGACUUCUAAUCAGUUUGCGACUACUGAGUGUUUAGUUAUCGAUGCAAACAAAACACUUUAUGUAUGUGAUCAUCAUAACCAUCGUAUUCAGAAAUGGCUUCUGAAUGCAACAAAUGGGAGUACAGUAGCUGGUACUAGCGCAGCCACUGGUGCGAGCGAUAUUGGUGACCCUCAAUAUCUAGUUAUGGACAGAGAUGGAUAUUUGUAUAUUACUGGACACGUGUAUGAUACUGUUUUACGAAUUUCUCCCAUUACAUUUGUUGCUACAGUAGUUGCUGGGACUAGUAGUUCAGGAUCAGCAUAUAAUCAGCUUGAUACACCAACUGAUAUGCUUCUCGAUGAUUAUUUAAAUCUUUACGUCGUUGAUUCAAACAAUAAACGAUUAAUGAAAUGGCCACAGAAUUCGACAACCGGGAUUGUUGUCAUUAGUAAUCUGAAUAGUAAUAUGAUUGUUGGAAUUCAAUUUGCCUCUAACUCAAAAAAUGAGUUUUAUUUAAGCGAUGAAAGAAACAAUCGUGUAUAUUUGUGGGAAGCCGGUGCAUCAACUGCGAAUAUAACUCUUAAUCAAGUUAAUAGUACUACUAUUGGUACUCUAACAGGACCGCACGGAAUCACUACAGACUCAGAUUAUAAUUUGUAUGUUGCUGAUAGUGGAAAUAAUAGAGUAGUUUUGUAUUGUGCUAAUUCACGCAUUGGUAUUCCUGUGGUUGGAGAAAGUGGCACUACACCCGCGCCCAUCAAACCAAUGGACGUCGCAUUUGACUCGGAUUUCAACUUAUAUGUGGCUCUUUAUGACAAUAAAAUAGUAAAAUAUGCGCGACUCUAA